AUGAAUUGUCUUCUUUCCGACCUGCAGAUUGAAAUCUGUCUGGAUUUUACAUCGGCUUUCUACCAAACCAGUCGGGUGCCACUUGUAGCCACCAACAAUACCGAAGAUCAAGCGGCCAAUCUUUUGCAGGCUGUAUGGGUCGCUACUAACACAGCGCAACAACUUCAGUGGCAAGCGCAAGUUGCUUUAGAUCAAGCUGCCGAGGCAGACAGACAACGUCUGAUCGACCAGGAGAAUGACCAUCUUCUUCAAGCCCAGCGACUCGCAGAUGCAACAGUGGAAGAGGAGGAGAAGAAGAAGAAUCGGCUCAAACACAUACCCAUUCCAAAAUGUCCAAGACCCUCAAGAGCCUCGGAGAAUAUCCUGGUUUCAGACUUCGCUUUACGCAAGCUCGACAAAGGACACUUCGUGGAGAUACACUACUGGACUAACAAGGGUCUAGCAGACGCGCGCUUCAGUUAUCGUGCUGCUGAUGACGAAGGCAUGGUACCCACCAAAACCUCGGACGGCGCCACUGCCUGGAUUCCAGCUAAUGCCACGAGGCCUUCAUCCACCGUCGUCCCUGACUGCAGCUUAGAACCUCUCGAUUUCGCACAAGCCAUCCCUCGUCUUGUCGCUUCCUUAACCGAGCGAGGGUGGAAUCAUGAAAGAGUACACAUGUUGGCAGGUUUUUGGGGAGCUCUCAUGUUGCAUCGAUAUUGGAGCUCGGAUGACCCUCUCGAUCGCUGCGCUUUGUUGAUGUAUCAAGAAGAGCAGCGUAGGGCCUGGCAUCAGGCGAUUCCGUUACCGGAUGGUGCUUGGGACAUUUCAAUACUUGAUGAUGUUGAAAUAUCUCGCACCUUGGAUCGUCUUUAUCGAGAGGACCGCAGGCGCAAGGAUCAGGACUUUGAUUAUCAAGUCAGUAUGAUUCAACUCGUUUGCCUUUCAAUUCACUGA